AGGGCUUUUUGUUUUGUCUUUUUGUUUUGUUUGUUUGUUUUUUUCAAAAGUUUGUCCAUGCCACAUGUGCUGUUUGUGAAACCGAGUGGAAACUAUUUACAUAUCCCCUAAAAGAGAUCUGAAAAUUUCACUUGAACGCCAACCUCUUGUGACACUUAUUUUUUGUGAAAGUAUUGUAUUUAUAUCCCAAAUGUUUACAUUCAGACGUAGUUAGUCAUUUUCUGUGUGGUAAUCAAUCAAGCCACUGUCACAUUUGCAAGUGUGCGAAAGUGCAAGUAUCCUUUCAGCCUGCAGAUUUUAACUUUUUUCUAAACAUUUGGAGAGCUGAACAUUUUACAUGAGUAGAAGUAAUAUAAUUUGUAUAUUUAAGCAGACCUCAAGCAGACAACGAUUUGCAAUUACCGCUUUAAUUUGUAGUGCAUAAUCCCAUCUGCUAGAAUUCUAUUGCAGAAGAUUUUCACAAAAAAGGUGAGUGACCGUGACCAGAAGGGGGUGUAGUUUUCCUCGAGCUUGACGUAGACUCGUGCAAAAAUGGCGGAGAGAGACGGCGCAAGCUGUUGUACCGAUUUAUCUGCUUAUAUUUGAGACACUAAAGCAGGAUUGGGGUUCUCAAGGACAUACUUAAAAAGACAAUUAUACAUGGACGAAUCAAGGUUAUUCUGCCUAGUUUGAUUAUAAUUUUAUAUUUUAUUUAUUUUUAUACGGCAAAGCUAGACUAGAGGAGCUGCAAAACAAGUAGGACAUGAAUGGGGAAGUUGUUCGUAACAGCCAUUCCAUCACAGUGAUAGGCCACACUCAGACACUAUUAGUUCAUGAUGAAAAAAAGAUCAAUAAGGAAAUACAGUUUUCACUACACUCCCAGGAAAUUAAAGAAAGUAGAGGACCAAAACCUUUUACCAUGGCAGCAAAAGACUUGAGCUCAGACCUGACAGAAAGCAGCAAUUGUUCAAUACAGCGGCAACAAGAUGUGUUGAGUUGCUCUCAUCCCCCUUCCGCUGUAACAGCCUUGUCUCAAAGUUUUUUUUAUACCAACAGCAACAACAACAAUAAUAUAAACCCUCAGGGCAAACACCAGAAACGAAGAGUUUACAACAAAGAAAGAAGAUCAGCACUUAAAAGUGCACCCAGGAAGAAUUCACAGAAUCGUAAGGUUACAGACUACUAUCCAAUAAGAAGAAGCUCGAGAAAAAGUAAAACAGAGCUCCAGUGUGAACAUAAAAAACACAUCGAUGAACUCAUCAUAAAUGGAAUAGAGGAAGGAAUGGAGGUCCAGCAAAUCGAAGGAAAGGGCCGUGCAGUAUUUGCAACUAGAAGUUUCCUAAAAGGAGAAUAUGUGGUCGAGUACCAUGGAGACUUGUUGCAGAUAACUGAUGCCAAAAAGAGGGAGGCAGAAUAUGCACAAAACCCGGCAACUGGCUGCUACAUGUAUUACUUCCAGUAUUUAUGCAAGACAUAUUGUGUGGAUGCCACAAAAGAGACUGGUCGGAUGGGUAGGUUGAUAAAUCACAGUAAAAAUGGAAACUGCCAAACUAAACUCCAUGACAUCAAUGGUGUUCCUCAUCUCAUUCUUGUUGCCUCACGAAACAUUGACGAAGGGGAGGAGUUGCUGUAUGACUACGGAGACCGCAGUAAAGCCUCAAUAGCAGCACAUCCAUGGCUGAAAGAGUGAUAUUAUAUUAUUAAAGAAAGGGAAAAUGUCAGUAAAACCUCUCUUUAGCUAAAUGCCUUAGAAACAGAAUGUACUUUUUGUUUCAAUUGCUAGGAAACGAUUAAGUAUGUGUUAUAGAUGUAGAAUUGGUGACAUGGUACUAGGGUAAUUUCUCAAGAAGUACGUUUAUUUAUGUAAACAAAAACUUUUGUUUUGCAGUUUUUGUACUUUUUUAUUAUACACUGAGCAGUGCAACUACAGCAUCCAGGGUAGUUGCUCUGCAUUUUUAUACAGCUUUUUCUUAAUUAGAAGUCAGUAACAACAUAGUGUCAUACGAUUACCCAAAAGCCGAAAUUAUCAACCUAAUGGCCUUUCACAAAAUUCUGUGGUAUCAGUUUAAAAAUAAAAGGCACUGCCUUUAUCUAUUGCCCAUCUGAACUAUAAACAAUUAACAGUGAACAGAAUGAAAAGAAGAAUCCUUAAGUCAUUAGCUAUAAUAUCUGUUUUUAUUGUAUUGUCUUAAGAUAAGGUCAAACCAGUAAAAUUUUUACAUUAUUUAUUGCCAGUCACUUUUUAUAAAUCAGUGUAAAAAAAAUAAAUAAUAAUUAUAUAUAUAUAUAUAUCAUUCAAGUAACUUGAUAAAUUGAAUGGACACUGAUAUUAUUAGUUAAAAGUUAUGCAAGUUCAUAAACUUAAGAUACAAUUUAACAUUAUGCAGUCAGUGUUGUUAUAAACACCGUCUCGGGGCAAUUAUUUUCCCAAUAGAAGGAACAUGAUUUAUACUUAAACUUAAGCAUUACGUAACGAAUAUCAUUGUCAGUUAUGUAAAUUUUUGCACACAUUUCUUUUUUGUUUUACACACAAAAUAUGGUGAAUUGUUCCACUCAAAAUUCACAUGCUUUUAACUCCCAAGCAUUUCACUGAAAUGUGACUUAUCUGUGGUGAUGAACUAAAAUGGAAAUUAGUAGGUCUUAUAGGAACUGGAUAGGAAUUGUUUUUAAGAAUUUACUUUUUAUUGAACAGGUCGAUUUGCCUUUUACAUAAUUUUUGUAUACUAUGUCUAUUCCAUUAUUACUAGUAUUUUUCCCUCACCUCUAACAGCUCAUACAGCUACAGCCAUUUAAUGCAGGUUAAAUUCAAUGUUUAAUUGCAGUGAGUGCAUCAUAAAUAACCACACAACUACUUUUUAAAAAUAAUAAAUACACAAAUCACAUUUGUAUAUUUUUAGUGCAUUAUAUCAGUUGACUUUCUCAAUAUUUAUCUUUCAAGAAAUACUUCGAGAGUAGCAAUCUUACACGUUACCCUGACCUUGAGCCUUUUGACUAAUGUAUUUGUGGGGGUUUUUUGUUGUUGUUUUUUUCCCUGUUUUUAACAAUUUGGGUACCAAGAGUCCAUUAUAUUUAUGAACUGAACUGAUAAUGACUGAUAAUUAAUCUUUCUCACUUCCACAAUUUCCUUAUGAACAAACAAUGCAAUAAUCUGUAGAUGCAAAGUUGACCUAGCCACUUUUGGAUCUGUUGUUGUAGCGUAUUAUAAAUCAUAAUGCUGGGGUUGAAUAAAUGUGUAUUAUGCAAGUACUGAA